AGGACAGUGAAUUGGUGAGUGCGGUCAUCUGGACUCAAAAUGAAGCCCAAAAUUGAGUACAAACCAAUCUCCUCUCCGGAGGACCAAAACUCUGUGGCUUUACAAAUGGCCCAACUGCAGGAUAAUGCCCGCAGGUAUUACCGCUGUGCAAUUGUCAUCACCUUCAUGGUCACAAUUCUGUUCUGUUUGAUGGCUGCUCAGCUUCUUCUCCUUCCACUGCUCUGUACAAGCUCCACAAUGGAGACCGAGACCACGACUAACCAGGAGCAGAAGUGUAAUGACGUCUGCAAUAUGGUUCUUGUCGAGAGCAUACCAGAAGGGCUGGUGUAUCCUGAAAAUUCCACCUCCAACCCCUCAGUAUUUGAGACAUGGUUGAACCUUCUAAGCGAGGCCAAGAGUAGUGUGGACAUUGCAUCUUUUUACUGGACGCUGACCAAUAAUGACACCAGGACACAUCAUCCCUCAGCUGAUCAGGGGGAAAGAAUCCUGCAAGAGCUCUUGAACCUGAAGCAGCGAGGUAUCCAUUUGAGGGUAGCAGUGAAUCCAGUUGGCUCCAAGGAAAAUGCAGACAUUAACGCUCUAAGGGACAGCGGGGCUGAGGUUCGGAUUGUUGACCUGCCCCAUCUGACUAAUGGUGUGCUGCACACAAAAUUCUGGGUGGUGGAUGGCAAGCACUUGUAUAUUGGCAGUGCUAACAUGGACUGGAGAGCAUUAACACAAGUGAAGGAAUUGGGAUCGACUGUUUUUAACUGCAGCUGUCUUGCUCAAGAUUUGGAAAAAAUCUUUGAUGCCUACUGGACUCUGGGUAAUCCCAAUGCCACCAUUCCUUCUCCAUGGCCAGACAACUUUUCCACUAUUUACAAUAAGGACACGCCUAUGGAAAUGACUGUAAACAAUACGCAGUCUCUUGUCUAUCUCUCUAGCUCCCCUCCACCGCUGUCUGCAAAGGGAAGGACGGAAGACAUUGAUGCUAUUAUAAGUGUUAUAGAUGAUGCCAAGAAGUUUGUCUAUAUCUCUGUUAUGGAUUAUACACCCACAGAGGAGUUUUCUAGUCCCAGGAGGUACUGGCCCGAAAUUGAUGAUCAUCUAAGGAAAGCGGUUUAUGAAAGAUAUGUAACUGUGCGACUGUUGAUAAGCUGUUGGGCAAAUUCGAAACCACCCAUGUUCCCCUUCUUGAAGUCGAUGGCAGCUCUGAACAGUAGCAAGCCUCAUUACAACGUAGAAGUGAAAAUUUUUGUGGUUCCUGUAUCCGAGGAGCAGAAACAUAUCCCCUUUGGUAGAGUGAAUCACAACAAGUACAUGGUGACUGACAGAGUGGCAUAUAUAGGAACCUCCAAUUGGUCUGGAGACUAUUUCAUCCGUACAGCGGGAUCAGCACUGGUUGUGAAUCAGACCUGCGCAACAAACGCCACAAACACAAUGCAGAAACAACUUCAAGAUGUGUUCAUGAGAGACUGGACCUCCAACUACAGCCACCCCAUUAGUACAAUGAUUGGAUUUAAGAAGAAGUGCCUCUUCCAAUGAUGUUUCAGGACUGAU